AUGCCGACUCAUUACGCUUCGCAAGUCGCCAUUGCCCUUCGCCCGUGGGACAACGCAGGCUCCACGUAUGUGUGCGAGUCGACGGGCGCCUUCACGACGACGGAAAAGGUUCACGCCCACUUCGAGGGCGGUGAACUCGGAGCCACCGUGAUCAACGACCAGUUCGGCACGGAGUGGGUGCUUCUCGUGGUGCUAUUGGUGCUGGAGGGUCUGGGCACUAGUGAUGAAAACGAAGAAGAGGGGCCGUUGGAAGAGGCCGACCUCCCUGCGUCGAGCUGCGCGGAACGGUUGACACUAGGAAAUGAGGACACUGUUAUUGUGGGCGUGGAAGCCCCCAUCGUGGAAAUAGUGGCGAAGAUGAAGGACGGUCAGGGCGUGAAGUACCUGACGAUGGCCAGCUCGUAUGAGGUGUUCUGGCUGCCCAGGGAGGCUGUGAUGCCCGAGUAUGCGUCGUUGGUGACCGCUUUUGAGCAAGCGGAUAGGAGGAAGAAGGGGUUGCCGGAGCUACGUCGAAGUGCGCGUUUGGCGGAUGCUAACGCCCAAGUCGAUGAUGACUUUUUGCUGCUGGCGUAG